CCUCGAACUGAUCUCUACUGGUGAAGAUUACAAGAGAACGCUCUAUCUAGACACACCACCUCGCCAGUGCUUAUAGAGACAAGGAGGGGCCAUUCCCAUUUAUAUUGCGUACGGUCCAGUUUUAAAUUGGUUGUUUUGUAUCUCGGGAAGACCUGAGAUAGCUUUUUAUUUUUUACAAUGUGCGUAUCCAACGUCCAAAAGGUGGCCGUUAGCCCCACGCUGGCGGCGGCGGUCAGGUCUCGCUAUCAUUCUAUAUCCGAGUUCCGGCCGGCCGAGAUGCAGAAAUCUAAGUCCAUUGGAAGCCUCAGUGUUUUCACCCCGGACGUCGUGACGAGGGAGGAGCUGGAGAAGCUCGUGGACUCGCGGAAGAGGGAGCCCACGAAGGUGACCAAGGCCCAGAUCAAAGAAUAUGGCAAGAAGUACAAGAACUUCCAGUCAGACGCCAGUGACAAGGAACCCGGACUCCGAUUGAGAGCGUUGUUGGAGCACACUCAGCCCGCCCACCUGAUCACCAUAGUGGCCGUCGUCUACCUCGCCUUCAGGCUGUUCCCCGACUCCCGGAGGCACGCCACCGAGGCCUCCACCCUCACCAGGCUCCUCUACGUAGCCUCCGUCAGCACUGUCUUCGGCAGCCAAGUCUGGAUGACCUUCGUGUCGGGCUUGGCGCUGUUCUUCUCCGUGCCCCGACACGUGUUCGCGCAGGUGCAACAGGUGCUCUUCCCCCUCUACUUCCUGUGCAACGCGGCGCUCAUGCUGGUGGCCGUAGUGACCUACACCCAGCACCACCCGACGCACCUCUGGGACACUCACCAGGUCAUGCAGGGUGCUAUCCUGGUGACCUGUUUCCUGGUGAACCUUGGCAUACGUCUUUACCUCGCCCCUGUGCUCACCAGGCUCAUCACAGUCAAGAUCGCCAUCGAACGCGAGGCGGGUAUGGGCGAGGAGGUGGCGAGCAGCAAGCCCGGGCGGCUGUCUCACUGUCCUCACUAUAUGAGGCUCCAUCGCGCCUUCCGCAGGACUCACAUGAUCAUCGCUAUCGGCAACAUGGUCUCCAUGUCCGCCACCUCCCUCCAUCUCUACUACCUGGCCACUAAACUCUGCUCCGUGCAGCUGUAAAUGGCUCUUCCCUGCCGCUGUAAAUGGCUGUUCCGUGCAGCUGUAAAUGGCUCUUCCGCGCAGCUGUUCUGAAGUCGAUAUACUGCCCCGAGUGGACCAGGGAGUUCCACGUAUAUAUUUCCCCCCAAGUGGACCAAGGGAGGCCCGAGAAAGCGCGCGCCCAGAGAACGACAAGACGUUAACAGAAACUUUCUAACAGACGUUAACAGCAACUUUCUAAACAGUGCCUGUUUGCUGCGACGGAUGCUGGCACCAGGGCCACUCAACCUCGAGACCUCCUGAGUGGUGGUAGGAGGAGCACAGGUGUCCUGUGGGCGGGGUCAUCGACCAAGCUUGUGCGAGCUGAGGUCGAUCCUCUACAAAUGAGAAUCCUGAGGAGGAUCAUAUUAACACCUUGAAGUAUUUAUUUGCUACCUUUACACCUGUGUUUUGGGCCUAUCCCCCUCCCCCCAAUCUCCCCAAUCCUAUAUUGCACCGCAGGCACUAUGACGUCAUUGCUUGGCACUAUAGUGUCAUGAGGUGCCACAAGUGUCAUCAGGUGACACUAGUUAAAUUGGGUGUCACUUUCACCUGUAUCGCCACAAUGCACUUUAUUAAUAUACUUGAUAUGAAAAUUGCGUUAAUAUUCUCUACUGUUAACCCUCAAAAACCUGUAUUUCUUCUGUUUGAUUUCCUGGACAGUCAGACAGGUGUUAUAGACAGACAGACAGACAGACAGGUGUUAUGGACAGUCUAAAUGGCAUUCCGGACACUGACACCAUCUUUCGUAGUAAAACAAAGUUAAUCCGGUGUUUUAUUCACCAUGUUUGGGUCAGGAACCUAGCUUCCAGAGCUAUGUAACUUUUCAAGUUACAGAACACAUUACUUAACAUUCAAAGUAACCUAACAGUGGGCAGUAAGUUCAGUGCAAUGGUAACCCACGGGUACAGUGGCCUAACAGUGGUCAGUAAUGCUGUUAUCCUACAGGUACAGUGAACUAAAGUGGGUAGUAAUCAAAGCAAUGGCACAGUGACCUAUCAGUGAUCAAUGUACUGUUAGCCCCCUGGGUACAGUAAAAAUGGACAGUAACCAUUGCGAAGCUAGCCCCUUGGAACAUGGGUGUCUCAUGAAAAUGGGGUAAUGGGUAAUAAUGGUAAAUGUUUAGGAACUGUGAGAGGAAAGAUUAAGAGUCAGAUAAACAGAGUCACGGAUAUAGACACACACAAAAACGGACGGACACCCAAAUACACAACGGAGCCAAAUAGCAUAAAUUGUUCAAAGGCGGGAUUUGAACCCAUUCACUUGUCAUAUAAACAUAGUUACACACUCACAUCGUCAGCACUCACACAAUCCCACGCACGCAUAAUCACACAAUCACACACAUACACACAAACACAUACACAUACAGUCAUAUACUCACAGUCCUCAAUAUAUACAUUAAACCCACCAAGAAGGUGAAUUAUGUUAAAAAUUUAAUAAAUGGUUUAACAAACAUAAUUGAUUCCAUUCUAACAUAACAGCAUGGCUGCAUACAAAUCUAUUAGAGUUAAAUUUGUGUUCAAAAUAUACCAUCUGAAAACUAGUCACGAAUUGACCCAUCCAAGAGACUUGGCCUUACACGAACGUGCAAUAACGAACAGUUCGAGACAAUUCCAGUCAACAAACUCCUGCUUCACUACUGAAGUAUUGAAUAACGUAAAGAAGUAAAAAAGAAUUAGAAAAGUAUACCAUUAUUCUACGUAUAGAAUACUCUCUGAAGGAGAGUGUUUCAUGGUAUUUGAGUGCUUCACAGGGAUUUGAAGCUGGUACAAAGUAUUCUCUCUCUCUCUACCACUCCGUACAAAAUGCGACUGUUUUCCCUUACCAGUAAACGUACGGACCGCAAGUAUCAUCCAACCUUAACUUAUCGAGUCCGAUGCAUAGAAAACGACAAUAUUACGAUGAUAAAAAUUGCACUGAUACGUCGAUUUUUUUUUUUUACGGACAAGUUUAUGCCGUUAAAAAAUAAAAUAAUGGACGCAUUAAGCUAAUGGUAAAAAUCGCCAUUUACUAUUUGUAUUAAUAACUUUCUCUAAAUAGUAUCUUUUUAACUAUAUUUUGUAUAUUGUGAUAUUAUUUUAAUUUUGUAUGAAUUUAUAUAAAUAUUGGUAUGAAUAUCAUAAUUCUGUGUAUUAAUGUUAAUAUUAUUAUUAUUAUUUUUGCUGUUACCCUUAUGCUAUUAUCUCACUUGCUAGUCGUUAGCAGUUAACUAGGUGUAUAUAUAUAUAUAAAAUACGGACCCUUUGUAUUACGUAGUUCAAUAAAGAGAGCGGAGACUUA